GAAUAUAGAAGAAAUGGAUUCUUUGAUGAGGGCUAUGGUUGUCAUGAGUGUUGUGAUUUGCGCUCUUUCGGCAAUGGGGUCACUCCCACAGUUGGCCGAGGCGAAGCAUGCAGGCAUAACAAGGCGUUACACGUUCAAUAUUGUGGCAAAGAACAUUAGGCGGUUGUGCCAUGCCAAGCCGGUGGCGACGGUCAACGGUCAGGUCCCUGGGCCCACCCUCAUCGCUCGCGAAGGUGAUCGAGUCUUGGUCAAAGUCGUCAAUAAUGCCCAAUACAACAUCACCAUCCAUUGGCAUGGAGUGAGGCAGCUUCAAAGUGGAUGGGCAGAUGGCCCAGCCUACGUGACUCAGUGUCCCAUCCAAACAGGGCAAACUUAUGUCUACAAUUUCACCAUUACUGGUCAGAGAGGAACCCUCCUAUGGCAUGCUCAUGCCUCUUGGCUAAGGUCCACUGUGUAUGGAGCCAUUGUCAUUCUUCCUAGGAGACAUGUGCCCUUCCCCUUCCCUACGCCCCACCAGGAUAUUCCUAUCAUUUUUGGAGAAUGGUGGAAUGUAGAUCCUGAGGCAGUGAUCAGCCAAGCCCUACAGACUGGAGGUGCACCAAACGUCUCAGAUUCCUACACCAUCAAUGGUCAUCCAGGGCCCCUUUACAACUGCUCUGCUAAAGACACUUUCAGUCUUAUGGUUGCGCCUGGAAAGACCUACCUCCUUCGGCUCAUCAACGCUGCGCUCAAUGACGAGCUCUUUUUCUCAAUUGCCAAUCAUUCCCUCACUGUGGUCGAAGCUGAUGCAAUAUAUGUAAAGCCCUUCUCCACCAAUGUAGUAGUCCUAGCACCUGGCCAAACCACGAAUGUCCUCCUGACCACCAAGAUUCAACCCCCCAACGCCUCAUUCCUCAUGUCUGCACGCCCCUACGCCACUGGUCCAGCAACCUUCGACAAUUCCACCACAGCAGGAAUCCUGCAGUACCAGACCAACCUCACCUCCUCCUCAUCUUCAAGAUCUAAGUUUCGCCUCCUAUCACCGUCCCUUCCAACCAUAAACGAUACCAACUUUGUCACGUCUUUCACUCAGAAACUCAAAAGCCUGGCCAACAACCAGUUUCCAGCUAAUGUCCCCCAGAAAGUCGACAAGCAGUUCUUCUUCACUGUGGGGCUAGGGACCAGCCCUUGCCCUAAGAACCAAACAUGCCAAGGCCCUAAUGGCACCAAAUUGACCGCCUCGAUCAACAACGUGUCCUUUGUCCUUCCUUCCAUCGCCAUGCUUCAAACUCACUUUUCCGGGAAAUUAGCUGGGGUUUACACUACAGACUUCCCAAACAACCCACCUUUCCCUUUCAAUUACAUUGGUCCACCACCCAACAAUACAAUGGUGACUAGUGGAACUAAGGCUGUGGUGCUUAAGUUCAAUACCAGUGUGGAGGUGGUGCUGCAAGAUACUGGCAUUCUUGGUGCAGAGAGCCAUCCUUUGCAUCUUCAUGGCUUCAAUUUCUUUGUGAUGGGUCAAGGAUUUGGGAACUAUGAUCCAUCCAAGGAUCCUGCAAAAUUCAACUUGGUGGAUCCUAUGGAGAGGAACACUGUUGGGGUCCCCAGUGGUGGCUGGGUGGCCAUUCGCUUCCUUGCUGAUAACCCAGGUGUAUGGCUCAUGCAUUGUCACUUGGAGGUGCACACAAGUUGGGGACUCAAGAUGGCUUGGGUGGUUAUGGAUGGGACGCUUCCUAACCAAAAACUUCCUCCUCCGCCGUCAGAUCUUCCCAAGUGUUAGAUUCCAACGGUUGUGAUUGGUUUAGGAGUGUGCCCCCUUUAACUUAUUCCUUCUUCCAUGAUUUAAAAUUUUUGAAGAAAAGAGGCAGGAUCAAGUUCUACCUCACCUUGAUUUCUAGCUUAAGACCAUAUUAGGAUUUUGUAGCUUUUUAUUUUUUUUAUUUUUUAUUUUUAUUUUUUUUAAUUGGCCUCAGUGCCUUUCUAUAGAGAGAGAGAGAGAGAUUUGUUGUAUCGUGCACAAGGCAUUUCUUAGCGUGGUCAUGAUUGUAACAAGGAAAGAUAGGCAAGGCUGAAAUAGAGGCGG